AUGAAUGAAAUUAUAUUUACUAUGGACGACGGGCUAUGUAAAAUAUCGAAAUCGAAACUAGAAUAUCAAUUUCAGAUCAUGUUUCGUUCAACAUGUUUUCAAUGGGGAUUUUAUGAUCCUCAAAUGUCUGGUUCAAUCGAUGGAACAGAUCUAGUGCCACAUGAUCGAGCGCUGGUUCGUGCUUAUCAAUCAAAAUAUAAGCGCCCACAUCGCUCGCCAUCCACUUUAUUCAUCGGACAUAUUCCACCAACUUGUACAGAAGAUGAUUUAGCAAAAAUCUUUCCUACUGCAUCUCAAAUCGAACUUAUACGUGAUACUGUAACACGAGAAUCGAAAGGUUAUGCAUUUCUCGACGGAAAAAUUGAUCGGAAGAAGGAAUAUCAAUUCAAUGGACAUAUCUUGUUAGUCGAAGAUGUUGCUUCGAAGAAGCUCGUGGGUUGGAAACCAAGACGUUGUGGAGGUGGCUUUGGAGGUAGAAAAGAAUCAGGACAAUUGAGAUUUGGAGGCAGUCAAAGACCAUUUAAACAACCGUAUCAUGUCAAUGAUCAAGUUAAACAACGAUGGAAAUAUUUAGAAAAACAGCGAGAUGAAUUCAAAUAA